UGGUAGAUAUGACCCAAUUGAUAAACCAGUGGAUGGUCCAGAAACGAAUCCAUGAGGCCCAAAUAUGCAAACACAAAUCAAUUCAAAUCAAAUUAAAAAUUUAGAAAAACAAAUUGUAAUUUUUUUUUAUUUUUUAUUUUUUAUUUUUUAUUUUCACAAUUUCGGGAACAAGAGACGAAGAAAGCGGAAGCAAGUUGAAGUAAGCAGAGAUGGCUGGCCUACUGGCAUGGGCGGCGGACGUGGUGGGAGGCGGUGGUGGUGGGAGGAGCGACGAAGACAACGAUCCCAAUUCCAUACCUCUCAUCUUCACUCCCGACCAGCUGACCUACGUUCGAGAGCUCGAUCUCAAAUCAGCUUCUCUGAACCGUUCGAUCCAAGAUCUGCGGCUGAGAUUGCCUCCCCCGGAUAUCUCUCAACGCCUUCCUCACCUCCACGCCCAUUCCCUCGCCUCCAAUAACGAUCUCGCCCUUCAACUCAACGCCCAUUCCACCACCAAACAGCAGACACAGCUGAGACAGGUUAGGUUAGAGGAAGAAAAUGCAGACUACCAAAGUGCCAUCUCCAAUUGCGAAAUUAAAAUUCAGGAGAAGUUGCACGAAGCAGAUUCCUUGCGAAGUAAGUUGAAGGAAAUGGACUUGAUUGAGAGAAACCUGGAAGAAGAGUGGCAAAGAGCAAAAUCAUCUGUGGAUGCUAAAAAUUUAGGGGAAUCAACUGAAGUGCUUAAUGAAUCCCAAUCAUCAACAGUUGGAGUGCAAGAAGAAGCAGAAGCUCCCAAAUCAGCACUAAUGGAGAAGUUGGAUAACAAGAAAAAGGAACUGGCCUCAAUGGAAGAGAUUGUUCAAGAAUUGGAGAAAGAGUGGCAACGGGUCCAAGAUAAUGCAUUGAAGCAACCUACUCCAGCUCAGCGAGAGAAAACACUGGAUAAACAGCUUCACAGCUUAAUUGAACAACUAGCUGCAAAACAGGCUCAGGCAGAAGGUCUCAUGGGUGAAAUCCAUAUCAAAGAAAUGGAGCUGGAAAAGUUGAACGGAAUGUGGAGAAGAAUAGAAAGCAGCAGUUUAUAUACUAGGAAUCGGUUUGGUAGAAGUGGUUCUUACAAGGAAAAUAUAUCUUCCGAUUAUUCUACCGAUUCUCGGCAGAAACUUCCUAUUCAUACCGCUGGUCGAAACGAGACUUUGCAGAGGUUAAUGCUUCUCAGGUCAGCUUUUGUGCUCUAUAUUUUAGUUUUACACAUACUGGUUUUCAUCAAAAUAUCAUUCUGAACCUCUCUAUAUACACUUUAGUUUGAUUAUUAGUUAUAUUCGAUACACGUGUGGUUGUACAGAUAUUUGAUUUUUGGUGUCUCGUCACAAUUAUUUGUAGAAACGAAUGCAAUUAUGGGUUUUGAUUCUUUCGACAAAAAA